AUGAGGAGCGGCGCGGAGCGCAGGGGCAGCAGCGCUGCGGCGCCCCCGGGCUCGCCGCCCCCCGGCCGCGCGCGCCCCGCCGGCUCCGAUGCGCCCCCGGCCCUGCCGCCGCCCGCCGCCAGCCAGCCCCGGGCCCGGGACGCGGGCGAUGCCCGCGCGCAGCCGCGCCCCCUGUUCCCGUGGAGCAAGUGGAAGAAGAGGAUGUCCGUGUCGUCCAUCUCCGCGGCCGCCGCGCGGAGGCCGGUGUUUGACGACAAGGAGGAUGUGAACUUUGACCACUUCCAGAUUCUGCGGGCCAUUGGGAAGGGCAGCUUUGGCAAGGUGUGCAUCGUGCAGAAGCGGGACACAGAGAAGAUGUACGCCAUGAAGUAUGUGAGCAAGCAGCAGUGCAUCGAGCGCGGUGAGGUCCGCAACGUCUUCCGGGAGCUGGAGAUCCUGCAGGAGAUUGAGCACGUCUUCCUGGUGAACCUCUGGUACUCCUUCCAGGACGAGGAGGACAUGUUCAUGGUGGUGGACCUGCUUCUGGGUGGGGACCUGCGCUACCACCUGCAGCAGAACGUGCAGUUCUCUGAGGACACAGUCAGGCUGUACAUCUGCGAGAUGGCCCUGGCCCUGGACUACCUGCGCAGCCAGCAUAUCAUCCACAGAGACGUCAAGCCUGACAACAUUCUCCUAGAUGAGCAAGGACAUGCGCACCUGACUGACUUCAACAUUGCCACCAUCAUAAAGGAUGGAGAGAGGGCGACAGCAUUAGCUGGCACUAAGCCAUAUAUGGCUCCAGAGAUCUUCCACUCUUUUGUCAACGGUGGGACUGGCUACUCCUUCGAGGUGGAUUGGUGGUCGGUGGGGGUGAUGGCUUAUGAGCUGCUGCGAGGAUGGAGGCCCUACGACAUCCACUCGAGCAAUGCUGUGGAGUCCCUCGUGCAGCUGUUCAGCACUGUGAGUGUCCAGUAUGUCCCUACUUGGUCCAAGGAGAUGGUGGCCCUGCUGCGAAAGCUUCUCACCGUGAACCCCGAGCACCGGUUCUCCAGCCUCCAGGACAUGCAGACAGCCCCUUCACUGGCCCACGUGCUGUGGGACGAGCUGAGUGAGAAGAAGGUGGCGCCGGGCUUUGUGCCUAAUAAAGGCCGUCUGCACUGUGACCCCACCUUUGAACUGGAGGAGAUGAUCCUGGAGUCGAGACCCCUGCACAAGAAGAAAAAGCGGCUGGCCAAGAACAAGUCUAGGGACAGCAGCAGAGACAGCUCCCAGUCAGAGAAUGACUACCUUCAGGACUGUCUGGACGCCAUCCAGCAGGACUUCGUGAUUUUCAACAGAGAAAAGUUGAGGAGGAGCCAGGAACUCAUGACUGAGCCUCUCACAGCCCCCGAGACCGAGCCGGCAGCUGUGGUGGAGCCCGUGAUGGACAGUGAGGCGGAGCCCUCCUCCCUGCCAAUGUGUGGCUCCAUCUGCCCCUCAGCUGGGAACAGUUAGGUUGCCUAGGCUGUGCUGAGGGCAAUGCCCUCUUAGGCUGCUUUGGCGACUCAGGACAGCCAGGAGGAGGAGGAGGCAGUGGGCAAUGGCCUGACUGCCCAGCCUGCCAAUGAGGCUGUCCACGUAGUGAGGCUGGAAGGAGUCACGAACGCCUGUCAAGAGUGGUGGUUAGGUAAGGAGUGCCACUGGCAUCUGGACCCAUGACCCGCAACGUGGAGGUCAGGCAAGCCACCACCUUGGCUGGCCCCUGCCUGCUGGCUGGCAGGUUAUAGGCCACUGGGGACAGUGCAGUGGGGCAGGAGCCUUUGGCUUUGUGGACUCUUGUGGACUCAACUUGUACAUUGUCUUGUGGCCAGGCCAUGGGAUAUCCCUGAGCUCGCUGCCCAAGGCCAUGGAGGAGGCCUAGGCUUUUCUGGUUCUUAUAUGUCACUGGGGGCAGGGAUUGAGGGAGGGGCUGGGUGGGAUAGCAAAGAAUGUUUUCUAGAGAUGCACUGCUCCUGCAAUUUCUUCUGUUUCUGUACAAUUUUCACCUCUGAGAAUUAUAAUGUAAGAACUGC